GGUAGGUAGGUACCUAGAUUAGGUCGGUAGGGUUUGACCGAGUCGGUGCAUCGUCAAGGAUGGUGGCAGAAGGAGAGAAGCCGCCAGUCUGGACCAACGUUGCAUGAGUCGAUAAUCCUUUCCUGAAGGCAGGGAUAUGGACUCGAGUGUGAUGGUACUGUUCUUGCUGAACAGGCUUGGAAGCGAAGCUGUCAUCCCCUUGGCCGUGGAAGAGGGUACGUACUCUAAACCCCAGGCAUGGAACCUCAGCCACAUCAUAUAUUAAGUGGAGCACCCGUCCCGCCCCACCAUUCUCCACCAUUAUCAACACCAACAAAAAGCGCGUAUCCAUCAUGGCGGAGACAAACCAUGUAACCAUCGAGCGUGUCGGCCCAGGCACAAUGAACAAAGACUCGUGCUACACGUACGUGCACAUGCAGCGGCCGCGCGACGCCGACCUUUUCGAGGACUUCUGCAAGGACAAGCUCCCCGCCGACGAGAUCUACGUGCCGCACCAUCUGCAGCCCAUCAACCCCGAGGACGAGGAUGACGUGGUGCCCGACCAGCACGCCGCCUUCGGCAUCCAGAAGGCCACUCAGAAGGUCCGCGACCCCGCCUGGAAGGACCUCGGCCUCGCCGAGCUGACCCGCAGGGGCCCUCCGACUACCAACGGCGGGGGGAAGGUGGCCGGCCUCGGUGCCAGGAGGCGCGGGAUGGCCUAUAAGGGGAUGCCUCGGUGAUAGUCGAGCUGUUUCGGAAUGCCGUACUUGGGAAGUAAAGGUUAUUUCUAGUAACCGGGAGGGCUACAUAGCAUUGCGAGGCGUUUUUGGACGAACCCCUUUUGACCGGAAGGGCCUUCUUUUGUAUGCCGGAUGUGUAGGUAUGGCAGGACCAACGAGCUCGCCUGACACUUCGGGAUAAUUAGAACAGUAUGGAAGGAAGUGUCCUCGCUUUUACUGCGCGAGCACUUGUCUAUCUAACCGGAUCCACCGAAGUGGAUAUUCAGAAUACCCUUCAGAGUAUCAUUCCAUGCCGUCAAACUUGAUACAUAAAUCCCCCAUCGUCCAGCCCCAGACAAAUAGAUCCACCCGGGGAAUUAAAACAUAACGCCUUGCCAAAUGCUGCCCAAUUGUAAAGGAGUAGAUUCUCCCAAGGUUAUCUCCACGGGGGAACUCUCGAAUCACCGGCUCCGAUCUCAUAUCUCCC